CCCAACAGCUGCCGCAAAUGCCAGUGCAACAAAAUCCAGGAGGUCUCCAAAUUCCACAACCAAACUUAAAUAAUCGUAAUACCCCUUCGUCAUCCUCUUCAACGGCUCAUUUACCGCCAUCUCCUACGCCAGUUAAUAAUCAAAAUAACAAUCAUGCAUUAUGGACCUUUGUUGCUUCAUUGAUUCCUACAAAUGCACCAGAUGUCGGACAACAAGAUGAU